GACCAAUGGGAUGACCUCAAUGCCGAGGAUGCAGACGACCAUUUGAUGGUUAGCGAGUAUAUGAUUGAGAUCUUUAACUACAUGAAAGAGAUCGAGCUUACCACUAUGCCCAACCCGAACUACAUGGAAAGCCAGAAAGAGCUUGCGUGGAAGAUGCGUGGAAUCCUCACUGACUGGCUGGUCCAAGUCCACGUCCGUUUUCGUCUUUUGCCAGAAACACUGUUCUUGUGCGUUAACCUUAUCGAUCGAUUCCUUUCCGCACGCGUCGUUUCCCUUGCAAAGUUGCAACUAGUCGGUAUCACUUGCCUUUUUGUUGCGGCAAAGGUUGAAGAAAUUGUGGCUCUAUCCAUUGCGCACUUCUUGUACUGUGCCGAUUCUUCGUACACUUAUCUCCGCCAACCAAAUACUCUUGGACCUAUCUCGCUCGAAACUGAGAUCCUCCAAGCAGAGUGCUAUGUCUUGAAGACGCUCGACUGGAAUUUGAGUUAUCCCAGCCCAAUGCACUUCUUGAGGCGGAUCAGCAAGGCAGACAAAUUUGACGUGAAGGCUUGCACAAUUGUCAAGUACUUCCUCGAGAAUCAAUGCCUAGAGUGGAGAUUGUUGGCUGCACCUCCAUCAUUGAUAGCUGCUGCUGCUAUUUGGCUUGCCAGGCUGAUUUUGGGUCAGGAUAAGUGGACUCCGAAUCUUGCUCAUUACUCGUCCUACGCCGAGAGUACCAUCAUUCCUACCACAAACUUGAAAAAGAUUAUCUGUAAUGGUAACAUCAUCGGUAGUGGAAACGACAGGAGAAAAGGCGUUUGA